GUUUUACUCAUGCACAAAUAUACAAGCGAAGUCAUGAUCUGCAGCAUUGCGCAUGCUCGGAUAUUGAACCACGUGGGGACGUUAUGCCGCAGACACAGAAAAGGCAGACUAAAUCCAAGAAGAAAGCGCAGGUCAAGUACACGAUCGACUGUUCUCAUCCGGUCGAAGAUGGAAUAAUGGAAGUCGGCGACUUUGACCAGUUCCUGAGACAGCGAAUUAAAGUUGGUGGGAAGACAGGCAAUCUCGGAAAUGAAGUCCAGCUGGCCAAAGAUAAAAACACAGUUACUGUAACAGCCGACAUUCCAUUUUCUAAAAGGUAUUUGAAGUAUCUCAGCAAGAAGUUUCUCAAGAAGCACAACCUAAGAGACUGGUUGCGUGUUGUGUCGUCCGGUACAGGUUCUUAUGAACUGCGCUACUUUCAGAUCAAUAAUCAAGAAGAAGAAGACAAAGACGACAGUUAGGAUAGCUGCGUGCGUUUGCUGGCACGUUUGUACGUUGAGAAUAAGUACUAUACUCGGCCUUAAAAACAUCGAAAUCAAAAAACCGUGACCAGUGACCCGGAUUGGAGCGA